AUGAAUGGAGCCUUUGCGCCCCAUGAUGUGCAGUUCACUCAGGUCGGUGCCGACUGGACGAUCAACGCAUCGUGGGCUGCCGAGUCACCAGUGUCCAUCACCAUGAAGAAAGCGCUUAGAAAGGGCACUUACGCGGACUUGAACAUCUACUUCAUACCCGAUACGCCGCUCCUUGGUUUCGCUUCCUGGCCAGACGCCGUGGUAGUCGGCUCAGACGAGUUCUACAUGGAUGGUGUCGUCAUUCGAGCUGCAUCUGUUCCUGGAGGCUCCCUCAGUCCGUAUAACGGCGGCCACACGGCGACCCACGAAACCGGCCAUUGGCUUGGACUAUACCACACGUUUCAGGGCGAUGAAUGCGGUGGAGAUGGUGACUUCGUCGACGACACACCAUUUGAGGCGGAAGAGGCCUUUGGGUGUCCUAUCGGCCGCGAUACGUGCCCCGAUCUUCCCGGGGCUGAUCCUGUUACCAACUACAUGGAUUACUCCGAUGACGCCUGCUUCACACACUUUACCUCCGGCCAAGGGGUUCGGAUGCAUUCGUUCUGGGAUAAAUACCGUGCCCAGUAUCAGUAA